AUGAUAACAAGCUUCUUCGAUCAAUUUGCAAGCCCAUCCUUCCUAGGAAUCCCACUUAUUGCUAUUGCAAUCGCACUACCGUGACUUCUUUUCCCAACCCCACCAUCCCGGUGAAUCAACAAUCGACUUAUCACCCUCCAAACAUGAUUCAUUAACCGAUUCACUAACCAAUUAAUAAUGCCCUUAAAUGUGGGAGGACAUAAAUGGGCACUACUAUUAGCCUCAUUAAUAGUAUUCCUUAUCACCAUCAAUAUAUUAGGCCUUCUCCCAUAUACUUUCACACCUACAACGCAACUAUCACUAAAUAUAGGAUUUGCUGUGCCACUAUGACUUGCCACCGUAAUUAUUGGAAUGCGAAACCAACCAACGGUUGCCCUCGGACAUCUUCUACCAGAAGGAACGCCCAUUCCCCUAAUCCCCGUACUAAUUAUUAUCGAGACAAUUAGCCUAUUUAUUCGCCCAUUAGCCCUAGGCGUUCGACUUACAGCCAAUUUAACUGCGGGCCACUUAUUAAUUCAACUCAUCGCCACAGCUGUAUUCGUCCUACUGCCGAUAAUACCCACAGUAGCCAUCUUAACCGCCGCCGUUCUCUUCCUCCUAACACUCCUAGAAGUCGCAGUGGCAAUAAUUCAAGCUUAUGUAUUUGUACUACUCCUAAGCCUCUACCUGCAAGAAAACGUCUAA